UUACGCACUACUUUCAAGCUCGCAAGCACUCUGCUACACGAACUUGCACAUGCCUUCUGUUUCGCUUAUUAUGAAAGAGUGUCUCGUGGGACGCCUAUAGAGCCUUGGGUUGGAGACAAUCGAGACAACGAAUUUGGCCACGCUAUGGAACGCCAUGUCCUUGGGGGAAUACCUUAUACCAACUACUUCGAGGAUCCUAAAGGACCGGAUGAGGAGCAAGGUUUGCUAUUAAGUGCUUAUGCGCCUUUCGGGAUCCAUUUCACCGAGAAGUAUCGCCAGUGGGACAUGUCUAAUUAUACGAAUAACCAGCAUCUGGUCAAAGACUCUGAGAAGGAUUUCAAAUCGCCCUGGGUUUUCUAUCCGUUGGCGCAACAACAGAUUUAUGAUUACUUCAACACGAAGAUGUGGACUGAGGAUGUACCUAGAUACGGUCUGGAUAAAGUCAAGUUCACCAAGAUGAAACAAUGGGCGGCGUCCAAGGUGCCUGGGCCUGAUCCUAAU